ACUUGGAUCUCAUUAGAUUUGUGCUGCUGUUGACUGUUGUUUUUUGACUAAAGAGUUUCUUCUUAUGUGCAAAGUCACAAAAGCACUCGUGUCGACAUUCGUGGACAAAAAGAAGCACGUGGUAGCUCAGCCGAGCACAUGUACUAGAAACGCGACCAGAAGCUUCUCCUCCUCUUUCCUGCAAAUCUCAUGACAGGCGUACUGAGGUUUUAGAGGGAUAAACCUGAUCAAAUCCCGACAGAUUGACCUGUGACUUUGGUUCACACCGCAAGGCCUGAGGGAGUGCUGCAGGAGUUUGGGUGACCUUUGGUGACCACGUGACUGGAAAGAGGCGCCUCAAGGGAUUAGAGAUGAAGGUAUAAAAGAUCGGCGCCGACGGCAAAUGACACAGACAGAAGCAGGAGGAGGAGAGAUCAGCGGCGGCCUCCCUGGGAUAUCUCCAACAGAGAACAAUGAACGCCAGCCCACCGGCAGGAAGCGCUCUGGCCCCUGGUGGAACCACCGGCCCCACUACACCCAAGAAGGGCCCACCCAAAUUCAAGCAGAGGCAGACUCGCACGUUCAAGAGCAAGGCGCCCAAACCAGGCCAGAAGGGCUUCGGCGACGACAUCCCCGGCAUGGAGGGUCUUGGCACGGACAUCACGGUGGUGUGCCCGUGGGAAGCCUUCGGCGACAUGGAGCUCAGCGACUUGGCCAAAUACGGCAUCAUUUAAAGCCGCUCGCUCUCCUCUUGUCCUCUUCUCCACCCCUGCUCGGCUCGUCAGGAUAAGGCAGCCGGCGCCCCCCCUUCCCCCACCCUUAAUGCCCCUCUCGUCACCUACCUCUUGCUUCACUCUACUAAGUAGAGGGUUGUCUUAAUUACACUCAUUUUUGAUAUAUAUUAUUAUACAUAUCAUACUGUUUACAGUAUAUAAUACUCUUGAAAGAUUGACGAGAAAACUUCACGCCCCCUUUCCUGCCGACUCCUCCAUUUACAUGACUAGAGUGCCACCACCCCAACCCACGCCAAAGGACGCGAGUAAAACUGGUCGAAACUAGUUUGAUUUGCUUUCUAGCUGGUUAUUUAAGUGUAAAUAUUUGGUACCUUAUUUCCCGGUGUACCCUUUUGUAUUUCCUUUCUUGUUAUGCUGCGUUGUCCGACUUCACAAGGUCACGGUAAACAUCGUGGGGUGUAAGGAGAGUGUGAACAUGACAAAUGCCCUUUCAGCCCCUUUAAGAUGCUCUCGUCCUUCCUUCCUUGGAGACGAUCAUGACUACAAACGCGUUGCAAGCACACAACAGAGCAAACGUACUGUGAACUGACGCGUCCUAAUAGUACCAUUAAAUGGCUUUCUUUUCAGAA